CCCAUUUAAACGUGGGGGCUUUUAGUUCAAUUAACGUUAGCCCACUAGCUGCCUGUCGGUAGAUUUAUUAAACGUGUGUGAUCAGAUAUCCUUUCUCCGAUUCCGAUUUGCUUGAUUGAUUGUGUAUUGUGUACAUCUCGCUCCUCCUAGCCAAAGCGCAAAAGGAUAAAAAAAAGAAGGAGAUGGAAUCGAGCAGAGGAGGAUGUGGAAUCCAGCAGUUGCUUGCUGCUGAACAAGAAGCUCAACACAUUGUCAAUGCUGCCAGGACCGCAAAGAUGGCUAGGCUGAAGCAAGCCAAGGAAGAAGCUGAGAAAGAGAUUGCCGAGUACAAGGCUAAAACUGAGCAAGACUUCCAGAGGAAACUUGAGGAGACAAGUGGAGACUCGGGUGCGAAUGUGAAGAGGCUGGAGCAAGAGACUGAUGCCAAAAUCGAGCAGCUCAAGAACGAAGCUUCCAGGAUUUCCAAUGAUGUUGUGGAUAUGCUCCUCAAACAUGUCACCACUGUCAAGAACUGAGACUUGAUUUAUCACCAAGUCGCUUUUGAACUGAGAUGGAUUUCAGUCAGACACUCAAAUCUCAUAUUAAAUUUGUUGCUACGAGUUAUUUAUUAUCUGCUCUCUUUUUCGUUCUUGUAAUAUCUCUUUGUUGUUGUAUUCAUAAUAAUGUCUUUGGGGGUUGUAAGAAAAUUGAGAACAAAAGACCUCGUUUAUUUUA